GCCAGUGGAGGUCAGUGCUGUACGAUAAGUUAGGCAGCUUCACUCAUUUCCUUCCCUUACCAAUCUCAGUCUUGCAUCAUUCUACCACGACGGACUGUUUUGUGUUGACGCGCACCCUGUGACACUAACCUGAGAUGUGGCUGGAGGUGCUGGCGGCGGUGGUGGCGGUGGUGGUGGUAGUGUUGGGCUACAGCAAGUAUAAGAGAGCGUAUUGGUCAUUCCGUGGCGUGCCCUGUGUCCCGAAAUCAUUGCCCAUCUUAGGACACUUGCUAAACUUCAUGAAGAAAUCAAGCUGGCUGUACAUGGAUAAGCUGUACAGAGAGCAGGGCGGCGACAAGGUACUGGGGUUGUAUUUCUUCCACAAGCCUCGCCUCUGUGUGGGCGACCUGGAGCUGGUGAAGGCUGUGCUGGUGAAGGACUUUGACCACUUCGUUGACCGCCCCUCCUUAUCAUCUGACCUUGGGGAGGAGGACUAUUUCAAUGAACUCCUUACGACAAUCAAAGGGGACCACUGGAAGGGCGUGAGGUCCGUGCUGUCACCUUCCUUCACCUCGGGGCGACUCAAGACGAUGUUCCCGCUGGUGGAGGAGAAGGCUGAUCAUUUGGUCACCUAUAUCAAGCAACAUGUCGAAAACGGACGUUCGAUUUACCUCAAGGAAUCAUUGAGUCUUUACACUCUUGAGGUUAUUUCAUCGUGUGCCUUUGGGGUUGAAACCAGCGCACUGACAGACGGGGACUCAAUCUUCAAACAGAAAGUAGAUGCAUUGUCCACGUUUUCCUCCUGGAGAUUAGCAAAGAUAUUACUCGCUAUGAUGAUGCCGUGGGUCUGUAAAAAGCUCAACAUUAGUCUCAGCACGCCAGAGAUCAAGUUCUUCAGGGAGGUGGUGGAGGAGACCAUCAAGAAGAGGGAGCAGGGACAGAAGCGCGGGGACUUCCUGGAUAUCAUGAUGGAGGCACGGGGCCAGGAGAACCCUAGUGCCAAGACGCCAAAAUACAAGCUGGAGAACAAAACAGUGGUGGCAAACUCUUUCCUCUUCAUCCUCGCGGGUUUCGAUACCACCUCCACCACCUUGAGCUUCGCCACCUUCCUUCUGGCCAGGUACAAGCACUACCAGGACCGCUUGAGGGAGGAGAUGAGGGGCAUCAUUAGGGAGAACGGAACGCUUACCUACCAAGAAGUGAUGGAGGCCAAGUUGUUGGAUGCUGUGAUUCAAGGAAUAUACCCACCUGUACACGCGACGGAAAGGCAAUGUACAAAGGAAUACAGGAUGGCCGAGCAUGAGGUCACCAUAACCCCGGAGGUGACAGUCGUGGUGCCAAUCUGGAGUCUGCACCACGACCCCCGCUACUGGGAGGCGCCUGGAACCUUCAUGCCGGAGAGAUUCCUGCCUGAGAACAAGGACAAGAUUGUGUCUGGUGCCUUCCUUCCCUUUGGUCUUGGCCCGAGAAACUGCAUAGGCAUGCGCUUCGCCCUGAUGAAAGCCAAGCUCGCCUUAGCCAAGCUGCUGCUGAACUUUCAAAUAAGCUGUGUGCCGGGCGAGGAGGAGCUGCAGCUUGACACCACGCCUGGACUGAUGAAGCCCGCCAAGACCACACGCCUCGUCUUCACGCCCCUGGAGUAGAGAGAGAGAGAGAGAGAGAGAGAGUGUGUGUGUGUGUGUGUGUGUGUGUGUGUGUGGAGAUAUGAUAGAAUUAGGGAAAAUAAGAUAGAGGGAAGUAGAAAGAUAGAAUAUAGAUAGAUGUGGAAGAGAGAGAGAGAGAGAGAGAGAGAGAGAGAGAGAGAGAGAGAGAGACGGGUGAGACACAAUAAUUACGUUGUCAGUAUUUUCUAAACAAAUAUUUAUCUUGAUUUUUUGUUUGUUUUGUACGAAAGCUAAAACAAAACUAAACAAAUUUGCAAACGAACAAAAUAUAUAUGUACACUGGGUACUGUUAACAGCUGUUCCAUAUGUUUAUUAUUUUGUUCGGCUUUCAUAAUUUAGUUUAAGUUUUAAGUUUUGUUUUGACUUUUUGAACGAAUUCCUGAAACUCACGUGUUAUCAAUUUGCCUUUUAAAAAUGAAGCAGUUGAGUUUUUUUUUUAUUGUAUCCAAUUAUAUAUACGUGUAUUA